AUGACCGGACGGGCACGGGGCUCAGAUGCCGGCGCGCCGUCUCAGUUUAGGCUUCAAGGCUGGGAUCCGCUCCUGAUCAUCUCGCAGAUCGUAUCAUUGCAGGCAGUACACUACCUUGUACUAGCGCUACUGAUUCCUCCUCUGCUAUGGAUGUUCGCCGAUCCACUCUCGCUCUCGCUAGAAGGCGGCGCGUCCAACGUCGCAAUGGUGAUGGAUUGGCGAGAAAUGGUGGGCAGAGCGACGAUAGAGGAAGACAUUGGCGCUCUCACUCGCUUGCCGUCUUCUCUCGGUCGUCACGCUCCUUCGACGCAUAGCCACUGGCGCGUCAGCAAUGCCACGAGAGAGUCAGAGACCGAAGUGGCCAAUCAUAUCAUCGCCAAAGUCGCGGAUGAGGUUGGCAGCUUUGCCGCCGAUCCUCUACGAGGCUACGUACUUGGACUCGCGUGGAUCGCUGCUUCAUCUCUCGAUGUUCUGUUCCUAUUUCAUUUUGUUCGCAGGCCGACUCACAUUCUCGACUUCUCACUGACGCUGCUCUUCAAUCAUGUCAUCUUGACGACCUACUAUGCUUCCUCGUUCCCAACGUCCAUCUUCUUCUGGCUCGUUUGCGCUGUAGCAGUCACGAUCCAGAUCGUCUGGGCCGAACAGCUCUGCAUCCGCCGGGAGAUGCGUGACGGACUCGGACUGAGCUGGAAGAACGACCAACGUGACGAAGGCGGCAUGGGCGGAAAUGCUGUCCGGACAAGAGAUACGCUCGAGCUCAAGACGGUCAACGGCUCCAAGUAUGCUCAAGUGGCGUCAGACGAAGACAGAUAG